CUCUGCCUCCCGAGUGCGGGGAUUAAAGGCAUGUGCCACCACCACCCGGCUAAACUAGCUGUAUUUCUAAUAAUCUCAGUUGGAAGACCAGUUUCCACCUAGGUGGAGCUCUGUUAAGUUCAAUCAGUAGAUUUCUUCUUGAGACUAUCCUUUGUGGGUAGUCACCCAGGGCUGCACAUCCCUGCUUUGUUCCUGUUAAAAUGGCAUAUAGCUCCAUGGAUCCUUUUCCUGGUUCUUAUGACACUUGCCUCUCUCUCACUUCCUUCCUACCCUUCUCUCCAUUGACAUACUUGCUAUAUGCUACUUCCUGUAGUCAGUGACACUCUCACUAGACCUCUGUCCCUAACAUCAUGUGUCAGUGUCCCCUAUGCUGAGCCCAAGGUUCCAUGUCAUUUAGCUUGUUUUCCUGAACAACCUGUGGUAUGCUAAUCUUCAGAGGAAGCCAUCCUUUCCUGCACCUCAGCCCAUCCUUCUGUCUUCUCUUUCUUAGCUGUGUUGCUCUUGUCUCUGAAACAGACCUGGUCCAAUGGUCUAGCAUAGGGCUUCCUCAGCAUUGGGGUUGGCCUUUUCCGCUGUCUCAAUCCAUAUAAUUCCUUUGUGUUCUCUGUCUCUGUCUCUCUCUCAACAGGGUGUCAUUAUUUAUAAACUAGCAUAGAAGUUGCUAUACAGCCUAGGCUGGUUUUAAACUCAUAAUUCUCCUACCUCAUCCUCCCAGAUGCUGGAGUACAGUUGUAUGCUACCAUUCCCAGGUUUCACAGUGUUUUUUCACUUUGUUUUUACUAAUGAAAUCUCCUUUGUGAGACCAUUGCUAGCACUCUAGUCUCUAGAGCACAAGCCAGAACUCCUAGACAACCUGAGAUUACAGACCUGGGAAAGUCCAGGCAGACUAAAGAUUCAGUGACACAAAUGCUUGGGGUCUUGCCUGCUCCCAUUAUCAUAAGAGGCUCUCUGGACUACUCUCAUCUACAGUGCAAGCCUGUCUCUCUAAGAAGCCUUAGCCCAUCACCAUGACAAGAUUCUGGAUUCCAGUGCUGCUUUCCAUUUGGCUCUAUCCUAGGGGCAAGCUGUGUCUGCCAAAUCUGCAGCUGUGGACACUGGACAAUCAUCCAUAGGCCUAAAAGCUGCUCUUACCAGGGUCCUUAUAGAAAAAUAACUAUGCCUUGGCAAGAGGAGCAUUCCCCAUCAACAGGGUUUGUCAGACUCCAGUGUUCACUCUACUGGGAGCCUACAUUCUGAUUGGUUGACACAUGCUACAGAAAUGUGGGUCCCUGAGAGAGUAGCUUAGCAAAUUCAGUUUUCUCUCUUGUUACCAGUGUGGGAUAUACUGAGGAAGAGGGCAGAAGACAGGCAGCUGGCAGGUUUUUGGUUACUAACAGAAACUGAAGACAUCAGUCUGCUGCCAGAACAAUUCCCAGCUCUACCUGGCCCCUAGGUCAAAUUUAGAGCAUGGAUAAUGUCAUGCACCUUAACAAGUAUGAAGAGGAAAAUGAAGGAAAAGAAAAUCCCCAAACACAGCCUUACUUGUUCAAACAUGACACCAGUGGACUUCCAUAGUCAGGGAAGGAAGAUCUAUCACUAAUCUACCAUGAGUGUUAAGAGCUGGAAGAUCAGGGUUAUGCCUGCAGGCAAAGAGGGGGUUCAUGACAAGACCCUUGCAGUUGGGAUUUGAGGGGCAAGAGUUGCUUACACAGUUGAGGAAGAUGCUCAAAGAUACUCCAAUGAGGAUUCCUAUAGGGAUGGCCUCAAAGGAGACUAUACUUACCUAUAUGAGCAGUAGUCAUUCAAUUGUCCCUGUCUUGUUUCAAAAGCUGUGAUUCUUUUUCGUGACUCAAAGACUUAAGCCACAUGAAAAAUGUAGAGCCCGAGCUCAGGUAUAGGGAUGAUAAUGUCACUGCUGACCUGAAGGUUCAUGCCCUAUAUAGUCCCAUCUCUAGGAGCAGGCUCUCAGUGGAUGAGUUGCAUGCUCUGUGGAGUUGUUGCUUUCCACAACAGACUAUACUGGAAGGUAUAUAGAAGCUAUUGCUACUAUGAUCCAAGGGAAGCCAAGUAUGGUGAAUGAAGACCAUCCUUGUGUCUGCUAUUAUUACCUAGAGGGGUGUAUGGAACCUUAAAAUAUAAAUGUUACCUAUAAUCACCCUGUACCUGUAGACCCAGCACUAAGUGGUGGCAGAAUUAGAUUAAAGGAGUGACAGUUCAGUGUCUCAGCUAAAUGGUUGACACUAUUUACUCAAACCAUCAACAAGCUUGCUUUCUUUGAGCCUCAGACCACUGCUCACUUGUUCACACUGCCAUUUCUCAGAAGCCCAAUUACAUAGGAUACAUGGGGUUUCCUGUGAAUGUGAAGACAAGGAUGGUGCUGGCUUCAGAUGUAGCUGGUUCUAACAGUCCAUACAAGGCUACCUUGGUAUCUACCAGCUCUACUCACCAUGCUGGGCUUCUUUGUUUCAACUCUUUCCACCUCUCUAACACUGCCCUAGACCAUGUAUUAGGGUCACUCACUGGACAGGAGGCCUUCCUCGGAUAAUCACUACAAUCAAAAUGGGACCAUGUAUUCUGUCUUACUUACCACAAGAGUAAGCACACCACUAGGUGCUUCUUAAACAGGAAGACUGCUGGAGAGACAAAGAGCCUUAUUGUUUAGAGUUCACAUCGGAUAGGCUUACCUGCCUUUGCAUUUUAUAGCCUUCUGGCAUUCUGUCCCUCCUGAAAUAUCUAAGCUAUCUGUCCACUCUGGUCAGACAUUAACCACAAGCAAACCCAAGGAAUCUGUGACUGUCCCUGUGAGAGGAAAUACAAGUCUACUAGGGGAGUACAUGUAAAACAGAACAUGCUGCAACCCACACUUAAAGUUCCUACCAACCUUCUACUCCCACAAGAGAUAUGCCAUGACUUUGUGCCCUCAGCAGCUAAAAUGUGUUAUCUUACCAGAUUUCAGAAUUUCAAGAAAAACACAGGAGGAGACUGGUGGCCUUCUAUCGAGAAAAGAUUUCUCAGUUGGAGGAGUCCCUCAGAAAGUCAGUGCUACAAAUCAAGCGACUACAAAGCAAAGCCAAAUGGGUAUCUCUUGCUGCCACCCAACUCUUCACUUCCUGACAGAAUAGAAUCAAUGGAAAUUGACCUGACUCCUCCAGCAAGAAAGCCUGAAAUGGCAGCAGGCCCUUCAAGAAUCUCUCUGAUUAGUCCACCUCAGGAUGGACGCAUGGUAUGUUUUAUUCCCUCCACAGGCAGUGUCUCCUGCCGGGGAUCCCAGCAUCUCAGCUUGACACCCAGCCAUGCAAGCAUGACAAAGGCUAUCAGAGUCCCACCAUUGCAGAUGCCCUACAAGGAACUAUCACCAGCUCCAGCAUCACAGCUAUCCAGCAGAGCAGCACAAGGGCCUUCCCCCAGCCUUAGUAGUUCAUGGACUGGACUACCCCGACAGCCCAUCAGCAUCUCGGGCCUGCUGCAGAGGCAGUGUGCAGGGUCAGCAUCCCCUGGGGGGAUGGACAGUGAAAAGAUGAGCCCAUUCCUGCCCUCCACACCUGCAAAUCUACGCUCUGCAGCCAGCCCCUGGCAUGUAUGUGUUCCUCGGUAAAUGUCACUGUACAGUUCAUUCUAGAGAGAUAGUGUAACUAAAUAAAGUAGCUUUCUGGUAAAGUAGCAUCUGGA